CGGGAGCGGCGGCGGCGGCGCCGCGCGGGCAGGUGUCGGUGCCAUGGAGUACGAGCGCAGGGGUGGCCGUGGGGACCGGACGGGGCGUUACGGGGGGGCCCCGCCCGCCCCCGAGGAUGGAUCCCGCACCCAGAGGGACCACGACUAUCGUGACAUGGAUUAUCGGGGCUAUGGGGGACCCCCAGAGGGGCCCCCUGCCCCCGGGACCCCCCCGCAGGCCUCCUACGAGGCUGCGGAGCCCCCCCGGAAGCGGGACCCCCCCCGGGACCCCCCCGUGGCUCCCGCGCUGCCCUUCGGCGCCGACAGCGACUACCGGGACCAGGAUUACCGGGAGGGCCCCGAGGAGGAGCCGCGUGCCAGCACCAUCGUCAUGCUCAGGAUGCUGCCCCAGGCGGCCACCGAGAACGACAUCCGUGCACAGCUCCAGGCCCAGGGGGUGCAGCCUCGCGAGGUGCGGCUGAUGCGCAACAAGUCCUCAGGUCAGAGCCGCGGCUUCGCCUUCGUCGAGUUCCACCACGUGCAGGAGGCGGCGAGAUGGAUGGAGGCCAACCAGGCCGGGCUGACCCUCCUGGGGCACCGCGUGUCCCUGCACUACAGCGACCCCAAACCCAAGAUCAACGAGGACUGGCUCUGUGCCAAGUGUGGGGUGCAGAACUUCAAGCGACGUGAGAAAUGCUUCAAGUGCGGAGUCCCCAAAGCUGAGGCAGAGCAGCGGGGCCCGGGGGGGCCACGGCCGGAGCUGGUGCCGGGAGGGGGGGGGCUGCUGCCCCUCCCCCAGGCCUAUGGCCCCACACUGGGGGGACCCCCUGGGGGAUCCCAGGGGGGCACCGAGCCCGGAGCCGAUAACGCCAAUGACACCAUCAUCCUGCGGAACCUGCACCCCCAGAGCAGCCUGGAGUCCAUCCUGGCCGCCCUCGCCCCCUUCGCCGCCCUCUCGGCCGCCAACGUGAGGGUCAUCAAGGACCGGCAGACGCAGCUCAACCGCGGCUUCGCCUUCGUGCAGCUCAGCACCAUCGUGGUGGGGGCAGCCCCAGGAGGCGACUCUGCGUGGUCGGGGGGGGAGGAGCCGAACACCGACUUCAGUGGCUUCUACCAAUCGGAGGAGCCCUUUGCUGGCCCCGCCCCCACCAUCUAUAGCUCCGCCUACCUGAAGGGCGUCUCAGCCCCGCCCCCCGGCCCUGCCCUGACGGGCCCCACCCCCAGCAAGGCCGAUGGCCCUGCCCCAGGGCGGCUCAGCCCCGCCCCCCGGCCCUGCCCUGACGGGCCCCACCCCCAGCAAGGCCGAUGGCCCCGCCCCAGGUGA